AUGGCGAUUUUGUAUUCGUUGGUGGCGAGAGGAUCGGUGGUCUUAGCGGAGUUCAGUGCGACGUCGACGAAUGCGAGCACGAUCGCUAGGCAAAUUCUGGAGAAAAUCCCUGGAAACAACGACUCCAAUGUGUCGUACUCCCAAGAUCGGUACAUCUUUCACGUGAAACGCACAGAUGGUCUCACCGUUCUCUGCAUGGCCGACGAUACCGCCGGAAGACCAGAAUUUAUGAAGACAAUUCCAGUGUUAGUUUUGUCUGCUUGGAAAAAAUACAAUGCCAAGCAGUUUGGCAUUGGCGACGAGGGGAGGGUAGGGAUUUCAGCCCACAAGUGGGGUGGGUUUUUUGGCUAUGAGUUAGGGAGGGAGUUGCAGCGUAGGGAUUCUCUAUCAGGUAGUGAUUUGUCCAUGGUGGGUUCAGGCUGUUUAGCAGUUGGUUGUGGUGGUGGUUUUGGAAGAAUUCCUUUUGCAUUUCUUGAAGACAUUCAUCAGAGAUUUGUGAGGACUUAUGGUCGGGCAGUUCUAUCAGCCCAGGCAUAUGCCAUGAAUGAUGAAUUUUCAAGGGUUCUGAGCCAACAGAUCGAGUAUUACUCAAAUGAUCCAAAUGCAGAUAGGAUUAACAGAUUAAAAGGUGAAAUGAGUCAGGUACGCAAUGUCAUGAUAGAGAAUAUUGAUAAAGUUCUAGACAGAGGUGAUCGUUUGGAGUUGCUGGUUGACAAAACUGCCAAUAUGCAAGGAAAUACUUUUCGCUUCAGAAAGCAGGCUCGGCGUUUCAGGAACACUGUAUGGUGGAGAAAUGUCAAGCUCACGGUUGCAUUGAUACUUCUUCUCCUGGUUAUUGUUUAUGUUGUGCUGGCUUUCGUUUGCCAUGGGAUAACACUUCCUUCUUGUUUGAGGUGA